AUGAUCUGUAACCUGCUUCUGUCCUGCUCUGUCCUCCUGAUCUCCUGCAGUCAUCUGUUAGCACAUCCUGUUACAGACACAGCUGACAUGACUUACAGCGGCCCUGAUUCAGUGGAAGAGGCAGGAGGGGUCAGUCCAGAUGAUUUCUUUGUCUCUGAUCUAUAUGAACAUCUGCAGAGGGCAGUCUUGGGAUAUUCUCCACUGCUCAACCAAGAGAAUAUCAAAGUGCCUGGGCAAAUUCCUAGAGAGGCUCUUAGAGAGUUACUGUUAGAAAAACCAUAUCGCCUCAUUCCUCCCAGUGGUCUGUGGGGCAUCAGGAGACAGUUCAGGAAGAGAGGUGGCGGUGCGGAUUGCUUCUGGAAAUACUGUGUUUGA